GUAUCAUGAGCUCUGUUCUUUAAGUAUGUACACAUAAUUGCCGCUAAUUAUCGAGCCCAUUUAGAGCUAUAAAAGCUGAAGGCCCAGGGCAAAUAGAGCCAGGACUAAGCACCAUGGAUAGCCACAAGGAUCGCAUUGAAUCCAUGCGCCUGAUUCUUCGGGUCAUGCAACUAUUUGGCCUCUGGCCCUGGUCCUUGGAAUCGGAAGAGGAGUGGACUUGCACCGGUUUCGUGAAGCGCCACUAUCGCUACCUGCUGCACCUGCCCAUAACCUUCACGUUCAUUGGACUCAUGUGGCUGGAGGCCUUCAUCUCGAGCAAUCUGGAGCAGGCUGGCCAGGUGCUGUACAUGUCCAUCACCGAGAUGGCUUUGGUGGUGAAAAUCCUCAGUAUUUGGCACCAUCGCACCAAAGCCUGGCGGCUGAUGCAGGAGUUCCAAUACGCUCCGGACUACCAACUUCACAGCCAGGAGGAGAUGGAUUUCUGGCGCCGGGAGCAGCGUUACUUCAAGUGGUUCUUCUACAUCUACAUCCUGAUUAGCCUGGGCGUCGUGUACAGUGGCUGCACUGGGGUACUGUUCCUGGAGGAUUACGAACUGCCCUUCGCCUACUACGUGCCCUUCGAGUGGCGCAAUGAGAGGAGGUACUGGUUCGCCUAUGGUUACGACAUGGCGGGCAUGACGCUGACCUGCAUCUCAAACAUCACCCUGGACACCCUGGGCUGCUAUUUCCUAUUCCACAUCGCCCUUCUCUACCGACUGCUCGGUCUUCGAUUGAGGGAACUGAAGAAUGUGCAGGAUGAUGCCACUUUUGGCCAGGAGUUGCGUGCCAUCUUCAUACUGCAUCAGAGGAUUAGAAGAUUGACCCUGACCUGCGAGAGUAUUGUAUCUCCCUAUAUACUAUCUCAGAUCGUGUUGAGUGCCCUGAUCAUCUGCUUCAGUGGAUACCGCCUGCAGUAUGUGGGAAUUCGCGAUAAUCCCGGCCAGUUCAUAGCCAUGCUGCAGUUCGUCAGCGUGAUGAUUCUGCAGAUCUUCCUGCCCUGCUACUACGGCAACGAGAUCACCGUGUAUGCCAACCAGCUGACCAACGAGGUGUACCACACCAAUUGGCUGGAGUGUCGUCCACCGAUUCGCAAGUUACUGAAUGCCUACAUGGAGCACCUGAAGAAACCCGUGACCAUCCGGGCUGGCAACUUCUUCGCCGUGGGAUUGCCCAUUUUUGUUAAGACCAUUAACAACGCCUACAGUUUCUUAGCUUUAUUACUGAAUGUAUCAAAGUAA